UGCAUUGGAGGGAGAGCAGUUAAAUUUAACGAAGAUUACGCGAAGUGAAAUGGGAGCUUAUUUAUGCAUAGCAAGUAAUGGUGUACCACCAACGGUUAGCAAAAGGAUUAUUGUCGACGUGGAAUUCUCUCCAAUGAUUUGGGUACCAAAUCAGUUGGUAGGUGCGCCUUCUGGCACUAAUGUUACAAUUGACUGUCACACGGAAGCCCAUCCACGAGCUAUUAGCUACUGGAUGUUCAACAGCUCAAUGGUACUGUCAACUGACAAAUACGCAACAGAAAAUGAAGAAAAUAGUUACAGAACCCACAUGCGGCUUACCAUAAAAAAUCUGCAAUCCGGUGACUUCGGAAAUUACCGAUGUAUUAGUAAAAAUUCAUUGGGUGAGACUGAAGGAUCUAUUAGAUUGUAUGAAUUUUUAAAACCCUCCAUGCCACCAAAGGCUACGGAAAUUAAAAGCAGUGCCAAUAAAGAAGAUUCAAAACGCUGAUUUUCUUUAUACCUGUGAUUAUUCUUCCUUUAUUUUCAAUAAGGAAUAAGACAAAGCAAC